AUGACUCUCGAUUGGACAGUCCCGAAGGGUUCUGUUGUGCUUGUCACCGGCGGCACUGGCUUUAUAGGCGCACACUGUAUCCAGGUUUUGCUUGAGAAUGGAUUCAAGGUCAAGGCUGCUGUCCGGUCCAAAACUAAAGGCGAGCAACUAGUCAAGUCGUUUGAGCAGUAUAAGCCUGCGCUUAGCUUUGGAGUCAUAGAGGAUGUGAGCGAUGACGACUCAUUGACUCGUCUUGCUGAAGGCUGUUCUGGAAUUCUACACCUGGCAAGCCCUUACACCUAUGCUGUCAAGGACUUUGCAAAGGAACUGCUGGACCCAGCCCUCAAAGGAACACAGACGGUAAUGGAAGCUGCUGCUGCUCACAAAUCAAUUAAAAGAGUGGUCAUCACAUCUUCGUUCGCGGCGGUUUUCGAUGCAACCAAGGGUUUGCAACCAAACGUUGUUUUGACCGAAAAGGAUUUUUCUCCGCUGACAUACGAGGAUGGAGUCAACACCACGGAUCCGGCUGUGGCAUACAGAGCAUCCAAGAUUGUUGGAGAAAGAGCGGCCUGGAACUUUAUCAACGAAAAAAAGCCUUCUUUUGACAUUGCUGUCCUCUGUCCACCUAUGGUGUAUGGUCCCCUUGCAACUACGGAGAUGCUUACGUCUUUAGACAAUUUGAAUUUCAGCAACUUGACUAUCUGGAAAAUGGCCACUUCUGGGUCAGCCGCACCAAUAAUCUUAGCACUGCAAGAGCAAAGCACGUUCCUAUCGGAACACCCUAUAAAAAUGCAGAGCCGGAUCAUUUCACUACAGACUCGUCCAAGGCAAUCGACAUUUUGGGUGUUAAAUUUAGACCAAUCAAGAACUCAGUUUUGGAUCUAG